AUGAAUGACCAUGUGUGUAGAAUGUUUCUUGCUUUAAGUAACUCGUUUUCCAAUAAGUUGGACGCAAACGGAGACUAUCAAAUUAUUAUGAAUAAACACAUUUUAAAUAAUUAUUGUACUGGUAACAACUGUAGUAGUAAUCUCGACAAACUUAAUGCUGGAUGUUUAUAUUUGCUUGAUGGAUUAUUUAAGGAUUCUUCUGUGUUUAAGCAUCAUAAAAACAUAAAUAUUGUUGAAUACAUUUUAAUAUGGUUAAGUUAUAUGUUAAACCUAAAGAAACAAGUAGGAAUAACCAAUCUACGCUAUUUUUAUAAUACGUAUGUCCAGGGUGGUGAUAGGUACAAAAUUCCUUUAACUGGUGUUGAGGGGUAUACUAGUUAUAAGAAUCUUAUAGAUCAAAAAACAUAUUUGUUGGAUAUGGAUACUAAUAUUAUAUCUAAUUUUUAUGAAGUAUUUAAAUUAUUAUGUGAAAUGUAUACUAAUUUUGAUGUAAAAACAUUACAUUGCUCAAUCUGUUCGCAAAAUGCUAAUAAAUUUGUUAGUAAAUAUAAAGAAAUGAAUCAAAACUCUGUUAUUACUAGUAAUAGUUCCUAUAAACAACUAUUGUCUACUUUAUCAAAUGAAUAUGAUAAAUUUAAAAAUUAUUAUACUAGUAAAGGUGGUAAUUCUAAGGAUAUUCCAUCCCUUUCACCUAUAAAAACAGAAGAAAAUGAUGCACUAAGUUCUGGAUUAAUUUCUGAAGAUGCAUCAAGUUCAUCGAUAACAAGCAAAUUAUUUACAGUUUUAUCGAUAUUUGGUGCAAUAGCAUUUUUUUUGGGAAUUUCUUAUAAGUAUUCGUUAUUUGGAUUUCGGAAACGAUUUCAAAAACAAAAAUUAAGAGAAAAGCUAAAAAAUAUAAAGAAGAAAAUGAAUCAAUAA